GGGGGGGGGGUCCUGCGUGGGGUUAGUAUCGGUUAGACCAACGCUGAAUUUAUUGUCACUGAAAACACAACCCUUCAGUCUAUUCAAAGAAUCAAGAAGUGAGAUGGGAUGAAGCCUUAACAAUUCGUCUACUUGGACCUUAUGCAUGUGUCAUUUAAUAAACUUUCUUCUUCACUUCACCUACAAUCUCCAGUGUAACUGUACUCGAACAGCAGCUGGGAGAUUGAGCGUCAGUAUUGGCAGGGGGUUAGUCCAGCUCGUGUUUUGCUGUUGCCUCUCGGCUCUUAUGGCUGAUUACACUCGGAGCAGGGAGGGCUGCGAGUUUGAGUCUCAUCACCAGCCAAGCAUGGGCAGUGUGUAGCGUGCAGCCUCUGAGCACAGGCCAACAGCGACUCAGCAGCAUGCCACAACCGUAGGACCUCUCCUUUCUCCUUCUCAACACAACAUCCCGUCGUCCCAUAUUGAAUCAGUGGCGUUACCAUGGAGCUGGGAAGAGUUCAUCUGAACCUCAAGACAGUGCUGCUGACCAUGAUGAUGUUCAAGUGGGGAAUCUUCUGCACCGCCACAUCGGACAAAUGCUUGUCUGCACCUUGCCAGAAUGGAGCAACCUGUGUGGACACCAUGGACGACUACGCCUGCAUCUGUGCCAGGGAGGAGGUGCGAUACAUGGGCAAAGACUGUGAUGAACUCUAUAACGCCUGCUCCUUUGCACAGUGUGAAGACUGUAUCACCACCCCUGGUACCACAGAGUACUACUGCAUCUGCCCGGACGGACUCACAGGCGAUAAUUGCACACACGACGUGGACGAGUGUCAAAGCGACCCCUGCUCCGAACCCCGCUCCAUGUGUGUCGACCAGCUCAACGGAUACUUCUGCAGGUGUCCGGCCGGGUUCGGAGGACAAGACUGCAGGACUCAUAUAACUGACUGCGUCGACGAACCCUGCAGUAACAAUGGGACUUGUGUAUUGCGAGCAGAGGGCUUCGUAUGCCACUGUGCAUCGGGUUUCAAGGGGAAGACUUGUGAGGAAGAUGUGGAUGAGUGUUUAUCGGAGCCUUGUCAAAAUGGAGCCAUCUGUGUGGAUGGAGUGGCAGAGUUCCACUGCUUCUGUGUGCCUGGUUUCCAGGGCUUCAACUGUGAAAUCGACAUCAACGAGUGCGCCUCAAGACCCUGCGAGAACAAUGGCACAUGUAUCAACGAGAAGGACCACUACGAGUGCGAAUGCCUGGAAGGGUUUGCGGGAGUCAACUGUGAAAUUGAAAUCGACGAGUGUGAGUCCAGUCCCUGCCACAACGCAGCCACCUGCCAUGACCUGAUCGGCAUGUACUCGUGUGAAUGUCAGCCGGGGUUUGAUGGCGUCUACUGCGAGGUGGAUGUCGAUGAGUGCGCCAGUGCUCCCUGUCAGAACGAGGCUGUGUGUCGGGACAUGGUGAACAGCUAUGAAUGUGACUGCAGUGAUACCGGUUUCCAUGGCGACCACUGUGAAGUGGACAUCCCAGAGUGUGCCUCCGAUCCCUGCCAGCACGGGGCCACGUGUUUAGAGGGAGUCAAAGGAUACACCUGCCUCUGCUGGCCAGGUUAUGAGGGGCCGAACUGUGAGACGGACGUGGACGAGUGCGCCGAGCAGCCGUGCGAGAGCGGCGGCGAGUGUUUUGAGCGCUCUGAUCUGUCUCACUGGGAGAUGGAGUGGGAGCUGAGCUUUGCCGAUGCAGCCGGAUACAUUUGUCAGUGUCAGCCCGGGUUCGCGGGAGAGAACUGCUCAGUGAACAUCGACGAGUGCGAGUCGGAGCCCUGUCAGAAUGGAGGCACCUGUGAGGAUCAGAUCAACGGCUACGCCUGCGCCUGCGGCCUUGGAUUCUUGGGCGAGCUGUGCGAAGUGGACGUCGAUGAGUGCGAGAGCCAGCCGUGUCAGAACGGGGGCCGGUGUGAAGACGGCAGGGCGUCCUACACCUGCCACUGUCCCGAGGCGGAGCCGGGGGAACUUCCUUGGGGAGGAGAUCACUGCGGCGUGAGGCUCCACGGCUGCGUGGACCACGAGUGCCAGAACGGAGCCGCCUGUCGUCCGCGGCUGGACGGCGGGGAACACAGCCACGAGUGCGUAUGCCCUCACGGCUUCUAUGACGAGCAGUGCUCCACCAGAACGACGUUCUCCUUCUCCAGCCCGGGAUUCAUUCACAUCCAGGUUCCUCUGGGGGAGAGGACCCGAAGGGAGGUCGAGCACCGCGCUCACAGAGGCUUUGGGCUUCAGCUGCGCUUCCGGACCACUCUACCCAACAUGUUGCUCAUCUACAGGGGGGACGGGGACAGCCACUUCCUCCUGGAGAUUGUGAACGGCGGUCUUCGGGCGAGAGCUUUUUCUGAGGAGACUGAACUGGACGUAACGUUUCCUGGCUCGGUGAGUGAUGGGGACUGGCGAGAUGCUCAUGUGUUGGUAGGCGGUGGAGGUCUGGUUUUGAUACUGAAGGGCCCUGGCUGCGACAGGGACGGGUGCAGAGUUGUGGAUGCUGGUACGGAUGAGUUGCCCUUCCAGCCCUCGGAAGCCUUCACUCACGUUUAUGUAGGCGGGGCGCCACAAGAGCUUCUGGAGGGCUCAGCAAGUGGCGCAGGUUUCAUUGGAUGUAUGGAAGACCUGAUGGUAGACUCCAAGCCCAUCCUACCACACACCCUUCCACAGGACCAGGGGCACGAGCUCGGCUGUAGUAAGAGUGACUGGUGUGAGCCCGACCCCUGCCACGGACACGGACGCUGUGUGGACCUGUGGACCAGCUACCAGUGCGAGUGCUACCGUCCCUUCCACAGCGAGAGCUGCUCCGAAGAAUUCCCUUCAUGGACAUACAGCCAUGAGGACACGGUGAGUUUCCGUGCCUACAAUGUGGGUAAGAGCCUCGGGAGCAACUUCAACGUGUCCUUUUUCCUGAGGUCAUUGAAGCCGGACGGGCUGCUGUUCCAGCUCAGAAGACCUACGGAGGAGGACGGGGGAGACGUCUACUUCUCAAUCUACCUCGGGAUGGGGAGGGUUCUGGUCAGCUCUCUGCCCAGCAGUGCCCCACUGACGGCGCCAGUGUUUGUGACCACUGGUGAGAAGCAGCUGCUGCGCGUGGAAGUCCAACACAGGCGGGUGAUCUUUGAGCACGCCGGCCUCCGCUAUGGGAUCGGAGAGAUCCAUGAAGUGGACGUUAACAGCGGAGAUCAGGCCUAUGUAGGAGGGCUUCCGGGAGAUGUGGACUCUGACGGGUGGGGGGGGCAUUACAAAGGUUGCCUGCAGGACCUUCGCAUAGACUCGGCGCAUUUAGAUUUGGAUCCCUGGAACGGCCCCGAUGAGGAGAGCGUGUAUUUACCGAGCGAUGCUCAAAACGUGAAGAAGGGCUGCAUCAGUGAUGACACCUGCGAGAUGAAUCCUUGUCAGAACGGAGGUGAAUGCACCAUCACAUUCAAUGAUUUCACGUGUUCCUGUCUGGCGGAAUACACUGGGAAGACGUGCGAAACACGCGUAUGGUGUGUCAGUGAUCCUUGUGUCAACGGCGGCCACUGCGUGGACCUCCCUGAUGGAUACGAAUGUGUGUACAAUGCCACGUUUGAGAACAAUCCUGUGCAGUACAGCGCCGGAGGAUCCCUGGCUGAACCGGUCUCGAACAUCUACAUUGAGCUGCGGACUCGUUCAGAGAACGCGGUGCUCCUGAAGGCCUCGUGGGGCUCCGACCUGCUCAUGGUGGGUCUCCUGGACUCUUCAGUGCAGGUCGAGAUCCACACCGGCAACAGUCUCGAGACGCUGACCUUCCGGGGAGUUCGCCGAGUGGCUGACGGGGGCUGGCAUCGCGUCAACAUCUCAAUGGCCGAUAAGGCGCGCAAAGCCUCUCCGUGGCUGAUCACCGUGGACGGGAUCACAGACACCAGCAGCUCUCCGGAGGGUGCGGGAAGCCUGCACUUCCUCAAUGAGAAGGGGGCUGUGUUGGCCAUCGCAGAGAGCUUCACCGGCUGCCUGGGUGUCGUGAGAGUGGGUGGAUUCUACCUUCCUUUUAUGGAUAACUACAAAGCACCGCAGCAAACCCAGUUCCACGUCAUUGGAAAACCAAAGAUUCACUUAGGUUGUACCAGUUCCCCCGUUUGUGAUCCAGGUCCUUGUCUAAACGGAGCCACCUGUGAGGACCUCUUCAAUAAGUUCGACUGCGUGUGUGAGCCUGGCUGGGAGGGAGAACAGUGUGAGACGGACACCGACGACUGUGCGUCUCGGCCCUGUGUCCACGGAACCUGUCGGGACUACUUGGCUGGUUUCGAGUGCCGGUGCCACCAAGGAUUUGCCGGCGCCCUCUGCGAAGAGGAUCUCAACGAGUGUGAACAUCACGCCUGUGAACAUGGCGGCACGUGUCGGGACGGACCCAACAUGUACACCUGUGUGUGCCCCAAGGAAUACAGUGGCCCCCUCUGCCAGUGGGACUAUCCUCCCAUACAGUGUGGGAAAGAUGUCCAAUGUGAAAACGAUGGGAUCUGCAGUGACGGGCUGUGGGGAGCCAACUGUACAUGCAUGCCAGGCUUUACCGGCACCAGUUGUGAAACUGAGAUCGACGAGUGUGAGUCCAACCCCUGUCGAAACGGUGGCUCCUGUUUGGACCGAUUCAACAUGUUUGUGUGCGAGUGCUUGCCCGACUACAGUGGUCCGGUCUGUGACACUAACAAACAAGCUCGUAGAGAGGGCAUACCCUGGCUGGUGGUGGCCAUCCCGGUCCUCUGCCUCUCUGUGCUCAUCCUCGCCAUCAGCUUGACCUUCAUGGCGCUCACAGCCAGGAAGAAGCGCCAGUCGGAGGGCGCCUACAGCCCGAGUGCUCAGGAGCUGGCCGGAGCUCGGCUGGAGAUGGACAGUAUGCUCAAGGUGCCACCAGAGGAGCGACUCAUCUGACACCGAGGCUGAGACACCAGCGUUGCUAUAGGUGAUACGAGCAGAGGAUACCUGGUGUUAAGGACAAACAUUGUGGGAUAACGCCCUCUAGCGGUGGAGAACAUGUACUGCUCCAGUCAAAGCUCAGAGAAUAGAAGUCUGGUACAAUUUCCUUUUCUACUAGUAUUGUGCGUAAUUCUGACAAAGACUGUUAGAACGUUGGAACAUUGGAACUAGAACCCUCAAAGGACACAUUUCCAUCAUGUUUUCUAUCUUUGAGCUUCGGCCGGAGCUCUUUUAAUCACCUCAUCUUCCUCUGCAGUGGUUCAAUGGCACCGAGAUGUUUGUCUCCAUGAAACCAACUCUUAAUGUCCAUGUGACAGCAAUCGGAGGAAAAGUGCAUGGAGUUGCAUCUUCCGUUGCUGUCUUUUUUACCGAAUCUGGGUCGAAAUGUGGAAACUUGACUAUUUACAAGUCGGGUGUUUCCAGGCCAAGCAAGGCGAGCAGUGUUUCACUGCUUGACAUCAAUUAGACGAUGUGUGAGCGAACUGCGCUCCCUGUCCCGUACAGGAUCUGAUGUUGCCUUUAUGCAUUCUUUUUGUACUCAAUUGCCUACUUGUGGUGGGGGAUGUCAUAUGUGGAAGCUAAGUCGACCACCAGUCACGUCGUUUUGUCAUUUCCCUGGGUGUGACCCGAUUGUCCCGUUGACACAUCUGGGACUUGUCCAGCAGGGGAGAGAGGAUGAAACCCUGGGAUCUCUGGAGCAACCACAGACGAGUGCUUCUCGUCUGUGGUUGCUUCUCACAUCCUCAGACUUAAAAGAAACCUACUGUAGUUUACACAGAGUAGAGAGGAGCAUUACAAAAAGUAUUACAGAUGUAGACAACAGCCAACCAGGGUAUUCUAGGCUACACUGGAACACAGGAUAAGUGUGUUCAGUCUGUGUGUGUGUGUGUGUGUGUGUGUGUGUGUGUGUGUGUGUGUGUGUGCGCGCACAGAGGACUCCUUUUCAAGAGAAUCAUCCUGUGUAAAACUGGCAAACUUGAAAAAUCCUUUCAGAAAUACAGAAAAAAUAAAUCAAAUGCAUAUUUUUUUAAAUUACUGCUUUUUGUACUUUAACAGUUAGUUGUUGCGUUACUGACAUAUCAAAGUCUAGUUUUCCUUGUAACACAUUUUUUACACAGGCUAUUUCUCUUUGAGUCAGCUCUGAACAGUUUGUAUAUUUAUGUUUAUUCCGAGUUUUGACCUUUGCUGUACUUCGAGUGUUACUGUUUGCGGUUCACGCUCACAAAGGAGUAUCUGAUCACGUUUGUCUCUGCCUCUACAGUUGUACCUUCAAAUGUGUUCACAGUCAGUGAAGAAGAUAUGAAACCCAGGCAAAUUAAAGACAAACUUCCUAUGUAGAUAUGCAUAUGUCUGUAUGAACAGCGGGUUUUCGAAUAUAAAGGUUGAAAUAUUGCAGCAGAUUAAAUAAAAGCAAUCAAAGACCUAUCCUCAAGUUUGAGAGGGUCAAAAAAAUCUUAAGAUGAAAUGUAAUUAGAAAUAUUAGUAUUAGGUCAACAACAAAAAAAUAUGUUCUCAUUUAAGAAGACCUUAGGCUUUGGCUGCACAUUGUUUUCAUUGUUUCAUUCAUAAUGUAUUAUAAACAUGCAAUAAAGUGAAAUGUCCUGAGGUGUCAUAUCUUCAAACAUCAACUCAAACCAUAAUUCACCUACAGCCUCUGCAU